AUGAAGCUGAUUUUGCUCAGUAUAAUAAUCCUUGGAGCGUCAAAGAAGGAAUUUCUGGUCCUGACUCAAAAACACUGGAAAAAAGCAAUUGAAGAAGAACUGGAAACUCAUGAAGACAACAAAACCUGGAAGAUAGUUCCUAGAAUUAAUAGCCAGAGAGCUAUUGACUCAAAAUGGGUGUUCAAGGUUUUAUUUGACAUAGAUGUAAUAUUCUUGGCAAUUCUCACAUAUAAUGGUCUAGAGAUAGUACAGAUCAAAGUUUGCACAGAAUUUCUAUAUGGUAGCCUUGAAGAAGUUUACAUGGAUAUACAUGAGGAACUGCUGAUUAAAACAGAGAAACUGUAUUUUCGAGCAACUGAUGCUGAUCCAUGUUCAUUCAGUGAUGUAAUCAGUGGUGACAUUAUCUUGUUAGCAUUAUCUGUAGAUGAUGGUCUUAUUGCAUCAAAGUCAAUGGAAGCAAUUCAUAAAGUUGUUACAUCACUAAAAGAAAUCUUUCAAAUCACUGUCGGUGAAGGUCAUUGCUUUGUUGGGCUGUAA